AUAUAGGACCGCGUCUGAGACCAUCUUCACUACACAUCGCGGUGCACUCAACGGGGAUCACAGUAACUCUCGAUCUUGUCACCGUACGCCGUCAAUCUCCGUCGAAAUGCAGGUCACAUUAGUCCUAUCAUCGUUGCUGUUGGCAACCGCCGCAGUCAGCGCAUACCCGCAGAGCCCGGAGUCCAAAGCCGCCAUCGUUUCCCAAGAUUCAGUGCUGAACCCCGACGGAACCUUCAAGAACAAUUUCCAGACCGAAAACGGAAUCAGACAGGAACAGGUCGGUUCCUUCAAGGCAGGACCACUCGGUGAGCCCGUUUCCGUGAUCCAAGGUGGUGUGGCUUACGUAUCUCCGGACGGACAGACAAUCCAAACCGGAUACAUCGCCGACGAAAACGGUUACCAGCCGUACGGAUCCCAUCUGCCGACUCCACCACCAAUCCCAGUCGCAAUUCAAGAUUCCCUCAGACUUUUGGCAUCUCUGCCCAGCACACCCGAACCUCAAUACCAGUGAUCGCAAUAACCGCUUUCAUCCCUUCCGUCUAACUGUUGUCAUUUUUACUCUUCACUUCCGACUUUACGUACCGCAACAUUUAUAUCAGUAUCGUAGUGAUUUUUGCCAUCCUCCUUCUUGCCGUUUGUAUGUUCGGAAACGAGCGACUAUAUGUGCCGAUAUUUGAACUUGUACUUUUUAACUGUAUAAUUAUUGUGUAUUCUUUUCUGCACCACAAUAUAUACUGUCAAUUAGUAAUAAAAUUGUACACAAAAUAAAACCAAA